AUGGUUUCAACUCAAAGUGCUUACGAAAUUAUACAAUCGGCUUUCCCUUUUCACAUCGCUGCUAUGUGCAGCGAUGACGCCGAAGCCGUGUGUCGUAAAAACAAUUUAUCUUUCGUCGAUUUAUUGAGACCAUUUUGCAAGCCAACAUUGGAAGGCAGGAUAAAAGAUCCAUCCAAUUUGUUACAUGUCGUCAGGAAUCCCAAUUUCCGAAUAAUGUACUUUUCCAACCAAUUUGUUCCAUCUGCUAUGGCCCGCAAAAUGAUGAGCGAUGCAGUCAGUAGGCAUCCACCUUCUACUGAAUCAAUAGGUAUGAUUGUGGUAUCCUCGUCUAAUCCUGAUGCCAUGGAAGCUUACAGAAAAAUGGUGGCUGAUCAGAUGCAACGACAAAAGCAAAGUAGCCAACCCAAAUGGUUUUUCCCCAGUACUUUGCACUAUUUCGUAUUAAUCCAUGAUUGUGCUAAUGGUGACGAUCAAAAAGCUGAAGCUCUUUGGGAGAGUUUACGUGCUGCCUACGGAGUUAACUCCUGUCAUUUUCUUAAAAUUAACACAAAACAACAUAAUGAAAAUGACAACAUGGGAAAUUCAGUUAAUGUUCCUGACCCAUGGAGUCAAUAUAUGCAUGAUAAGCUGUCACUUGAACCACUUGAUACUUCUAAUUCAAAUAUUCUACCUGGUAAGCAAUCGCCAAUAAUCAAAGAAUUAAAGCGACCGCCAACUCUCUCAGUAUUGGGAUCGUCUCUGUCCACUGACAGUGAAAUGACCAAUUCUAAUGAGCAUUUAGCUGGUGAUCAAUAUCAACUUGAUGGAGUAGCAGCGGAUGCCGAUAGAACUAAAUAUGGAAUCUGCUUAACUUUAAGUGAUCAUGAUAGACUGCGCAAUUUUAUACACGAUUUUAUUGUCAGAGGCUUAUACCCAUAUCUUGAAUACAUGCUUCGAACAUUGUAUGAACAGGUCAAUGCCCGGAAAGGAUUACAUGGUAAAUUUUUUAGCGUUACGAAAAAGUGGUUUGGUGGCAACAAGCCAACUGCAAGUACUAAUAGUCAGUCUGGACUACCGGAAGUAGCAUACGCUGGUGAUUCACAUGAAAUGCAAAUGAGACGUCUCGCUGAUCUUGCGUUUUUGCUCCAACAUUACGAUCUUGCCUAUACAUUUUAUCAUUCUGCAAAAAAAGAAUUCCAUACCGAUCAUGCUUGGCUGCAAUUUGCUGGAGUAGCGGAAAUGGCGGCUGUAUCAAAUUUUAUGCUAAAUUCUGCACAAAAGCCUUAUCCAAUGCAUUACAUGGAGAGUGCUAUAGGCACUUACCUAAGUACUUGCAAACUUCCUUUGUAUGCAACACGUUGCACUUUCCUAAGUACUGAAAUUAUGAAAGCUAAGGGAUUGAAUAACGAUGCAGCUCAAGCAUAUAUAAGAGUAACUAGUGAGGAUUUCGAUCUUCGUAGUUCACUUCUACUAGAGCAAGCCGCCUACUGUUUUAACCUAGCUAAACCACCCAUGAAAAGAAAGUGUGCUUUUCACUUAAUUCUAGCUGGUCAUAGAUUCAGUAAAUCUGGCCAAAGAACACAUGCCUUGAGUUGUUACAAGUUGGCUUUACAGACCUAUAAAAAGAAAGCAUGGCACCUAGCGGAGGAUCAUAUCAAUUUUACCAUUGGCCGACAUUCAUAUACCCUUCGAGAUCUGUCCAAUGCUCUUGAAGCAUUUAGGAGUUUAUUUAGUCAUAAAUGUUUACAACCAGCAAAUCAACAAAAUUUAUUCCUACGAGAGUUUUUAAAUGUGUAUAAGCAAUACUUAACACAAGUCGAAAAGUAUAAUGAAUUCAAUAGCCUUGUACCUGAUGUACAAGCACCUCCUACGCGUGCACCACUUCCAAUUCUUCCUCUUCCAAUUAUUAUACAAAAUUCAACAAGGGUUUUAUUGACAAACUCUAAAGAGGAAUGUAUUACACAAGGAGAUAGAAAAGAUGAAACCGACAUCGUCCGUGCAUCAUCGGUAACGUUAACUCAACGUUUUGAUCCAUUACGUGCUAAAAGUUGGGCAUCAUUGGAAGAAGCUGUAGUAUUUGGGAAAACAAAGCGCGAUAAACAUUCAUUGGCAAACUUUAGACCAAGUAUUCAACUUUUUAGCUCGAAAACUAACAACAGUUAUAAACCAGCAGCAGUUGUGGGAGAAUAUAUCGUCGUAGAAAUUGUUAUCAAAAACCCAUUGAAAAUUUCAUUAUUUCUUGGCGAUGUUACACUGAUUUGGCGACACAUUAGUAAAACCGAUUCUGAUACUUUUGGAGAAAAUAAAAUUAUCAGUAACGAGAAUACAACGGAGUAUGACAAUUUUGUUGAAAGCGAAGUAAUCGAUAGUUUUGUGCUUGCUCAGAACGAAGAAAAAUCGAUUCAACUGUACAUUCGUCCAUUAAAGAUUGGAGAGCUGGAAAUUAGUGCUAUUACAUAUCGCUUAAGCAAUUACUCUUUUGCACUCGACAGUUCCGGAAAGCGUAUGACGGGUAGUGUCGGUGUAUGUGGCAAGCAAGAACUAAGGCCUGUUGGCAAUCGACUAAAUAAUACUGAGAAUGAGCGCUUCAAUGUAGUCUAUGCAACAGAUAAUCGAUUACAUCUUAAUGUUGUUGCUCCAGCGCCGUUAUUGGAGGUUAGCUUCUGUAACUUUCCAUCGAGAUUACUUUGUGGAGAAAUUCAACAAGUCACAGUAGAGCUUUGCAACACUGGUAGUGGUCCUUUACAUAAUCUAUAUGUUGCCUCAUCAUACCCGGAAUUAUUCUCUUUUAGCGACGAUAAGCCAGAUAACUGGUCGGAAAAUGAUACCGUUUACAGUAAAGUUCCGGUUAUAAAAUAUCAUACUCGCCAUAAUAAAGCUAAAAAGAUUACUAACGUGAUCGCAGUCCCAUUACCAGAAUCAAAAUUGGUUUCUGGAUGUUCGGUAAAAUUACCGUUAUGGAUUAUAGGAAGUGCUAUUCCAGGGGUUCAGGAAAUAGACUUUUUGUUUUACUAUGAGCCGUUAGAGCCCCAUCCUCGACUAGGGUAUCGGAUACUUAAGCAUGUGUCAUUAGUUAGUAUAUCUUCUUCGUUAAAUAUUACGGCCAGUGCCUGCAACACUUACCAAGGCGAUACUGAAAAUGAACUUGGCGUCAGUGACAGAAUUGAUCUCAAUCAGGCUAUUGUAUCGUUGAAUAUUGAAAAUUUAUACCAGUUACAGCGUGUAAAGUCAACAAUGCUUAGUUUCCGAAUCAUGCAAGUAUCAUCUGUAAGCCCCCACUGGACAAUUUACCCUAUUCAGCCAUAUCAUAAAGAUAUCACAGUGACUCCCAAAGAGAAAGUACUAUUAUGCUUUAAAGCUCGUAAUUCGAAUCCUGGCUUUAUUGAUGAUGAAGAUUGCCAAGAUAUUCAGGUCCUAUUUAGUAACAUAUCUUUAAAAGAUGAUAUCGAGUUGGACAGUUCGUCUACUCCAUGUAGCGAUUUCUUCUUCCGUUCUGGAUGUUGGUAUGCAUUGAUGCCGAAUAUUAAUAAGCCUUCCGUUAAAUCGUUUAAUCAAAACGAAAAAUUAUUAGCCGGUACUGGUAGUCGCAGAAUGUCAAAAAAAUUUGACAUACGACUAGGUUUAGUCAUAAUUUGGGAGUCUGAUAUCGAAGUAGACGGUAUUCGACGAACCAUCACUGGUCAGCAUCAUGUGCCUGUAACUACCAUUAUACCACUAAAUGAUGAUAAAGAUAAGCCGAAACAGGAGGCAGUAAAUCAAAAAGAACCUGAAAAGCGUAAGCGAAUAGCAACUGGAAGUAUGGAAAAACCAAAGCCAGGCAGUAAACCACCUGGUCGACCACCACUCCCAGCACAUUUAGCGCCGUCUACCCCUCCGUCAGUUAAAAGUGCGGAUGAAUUCCGCAAAAGAAUGGUCAAAUAUAAACUUCGUCAUCCUUCCAGUGUAUACCAUGACUUUCAUAAUAAAAGGCUAUGUAUUAUCCCUGUGACCUUAAUAUUGCAAAAUUGUAGAGAUGAGCCGCUGGAUAUCUUUAUUAAUUUAGCGAAAGCUAAGGAUAAGACGUUAGUUCGAUAUAAUUUAUGUCGUAUAUACAUUAUAGUGUUGACUGGCCCAAGAGUAUACAUACUUAUUUUUCAUGUCUUAAAAUUUAGUUCAACUAAAUCAAAAUCCGAAGAAAAUUUAAACACUAUAAUUGGAGAUGCAGCAACAGCUUUUGGUCUAACAGCUAGCUUUACCUGGGUCGGCAACACAGCGUACAAGCGCCGACUAGAGGCUAAGGAUCAAAUAUGUUUAUCGCUAAUGGCUAGCUUUUGUGUUUGUAACGUUUAUAACUUAAAUGAAUUACAAGUAUAUGCUGCACUUCAUAGAGACGAAUGUGAAGAUACAAAGAAAAUACGUUCAAAUAUGGUAGAACAAUACCCAUGUGCUGAUAGUUAUAUUGUUUUAAAUAGCACAAAGCAGGACUCAUUUGAACUAGAUGAUACAAUAUAUGAUAUUGCCGACGAUACUAAUGACGAAGAUUAA